AUGGGGAACUGUCUUGAGUGUCUGGGGAAUUUUUUCGGGCGGCAGAAGAACACCAAUGUUCGCAUCAGUCUGCCGGCCGUCUGCUUCGUCUGGCAGAUUGCCAUGAUUAUACUUUUUGGAGUUUUUAUCCGGUAUGAUGAAGAAUCAGACGUUAAGAAAUGGAUAGAGUUCAAACACGAAAAUAACAUCACCAGUGAUGUUGAAAAUGACUUCUACUUCAGAUAUCCCAGCUUCCAGGACGUCCAUGUCAUGAUCUUCGUUGGAUUUGGUUUCCUCAUGACUUUCCUGAAACGCUACAGCUUCGGUGCAGUUGGCUUCAACUUCCUAGUCGCCGCCUUCGGUCUGCAGUGGGCUCUUCUCAUGCAAGGCUGGUUCCACCACCUCGACCCCGCCACCGGCAAGAUCAGUAUCGGAGUAGAGAGUCUGAUCAACGCUGAUUUCUGCUGUGCCGGCUCUCUCAUUGCCUACGGCGCCCUCCUGGGAAAAGUAAGCCCCGUCCAGCUGAUGGUCGUCGCCUUGUUUGGCGUAACGCUAUUUGCUGUGGAGGAAUACAUCAUCCUCACCCUCCUUCAUUGCAGAGAUGCUGGUGGCUCCAUGGUCAUCCACUGCUUCGGAGGGUAUUAUGGUCUGGCCAUCUCCUGGGUCCUCUACCGACCGAACCUAAAUCAAAGCAAACGCCUCAAUGGCUCAGUCUACCACUCUGAUAUGUUUGCCAUGAUUGGCACACUUUUCCUGUGGAUGUUCUGGCCCAGUUUCAACGGGGCCAUCACAGACCACGGCAGCGGGCAGCACAGGACAGCCAUCAACACGUACCUCGCCCUCGCCUCCUCCGUCCUCACCACUGUGGCCAUCUCCAGCAUGUCUGCAAAAAGAGGAAAACUGGACAUGGUGCAUAUCCAGAAUGCCACUCUGGCAGGUGGUGUCGCCAUGGGAACGGCAGCAGAGUUCAUGAUCAUGCCUUAUGGUUCACUGAUCGUGGGUUUCUGCUGCGGCAUUAUCUCCACCUUUGGCUACCUGUAUGUCACGCCAUUCUUGGAGAAAUACCUCAAGCUCCAGGAUACAUGUGGUGUCCACAACCUCCACGCUCUGCCGGGGAUGCUCGGUGGCUUCAUUGGCGCCAUUGUUGCUGCAGCCGCCAGUGAAGAGGUCUACGGCAAACAGGGGUUGAAGGAGACAUUCGACUUUGACGGCGCUUUCGUAAACAGAACUGUUUUAACUCAGGGAGGAUACCAGGCUGCUGGAACAUGUGUGGCCAUUGCAUUUGGACUUGUUGGAGGAGCACUUGUUGGUUGCAUUCUGAGGUUUCCAAUCUGGGCCGACCCUGCUGAUGACAACUGCUUUGAUGACGAGGCUUACUGGGAGGUUCCUGAGGAUGAGGAGAGCAUCCCUCCAGUUUUGGAGUACAAUAACCACAUGAUCCACAAGCACCAAGACAUAUCGGAGUCAAACUUCUCUGUGGAGCAAAGUUAAGAGAGAGAUCAACCCCCUUCAUGCCACUUUGAACUUGAUACAGCUGUGAUACAACACUAAUUUAUGAAGGAUCCAAGCAUAAGCAUAAUUUUGUAUGCACUCAUGUCAUGCACCAUUUAUACCUUAUACACCUUUGUUAGUGAUUGGAAGCUUAAAGUAAUGACACUGGUGUCAAAAUAUCUCAUAACAUCGACAGCUCUGAACUGUUUCACGUCAUGCCUUUAAAUGUUGAAUUGAUAAUGUUUAUUUUAUUUCUCAUGAAUGAAGAAUCUGUUAAGUGAAGAAUAAUACUCUUGUGCCGCCACAUUGGGCAGUUUUUGAGGCGCAUGUCUUACUUAGUUAUUUCUCUCGAAUAAUGUAUAGGUAUCUGUGUACAUAUUAUAGGUUUUAUCACUCACUGUUUGUUGUUGUUGCACUUAUUUGUUCUUAAGGUGGAAGU